CAACUUGCAUGCGCUCUGCAGCAGCCUUUGUCUGGGACGUUGCGGAGUGCAACAGUCAGCAUGACGGGCUCGUAUUCACUGCAAUGCUUGGGGCUCAUUCUUCUCGCAGCAAUCCUCCUGCAAACAAUUGCAGUUGCGGUAACUUUCAUUUACUUCAGCAACGUGUUGACAACGAUGAAAGAGACGUUUUCCAAGAGCAGCAUUUCGUGUCUGAUGCGCGCAAAUAUAAAAGGCAAAGGUUUGGACUUGAACGCAGACGAUGGAAAAGACGACCCCUGCUGGCAAGUUACCCAGCAACUCCAUUUCCUCAUCGAAAAGACUAUGUCAAACUGCCAUGAGAAAGAAAUCUCCUCUGCGGUCAAAGAUGAAGUGUCGCGAGUUUUGCCAUCCCUGACUACGGAGGACAAAGAGGCCCCGCCUCGUCCCGAGAUCGCUGCUCACGUCACCGGCACUUUCUUUUCAGGAGCAACCCAGUCAGCGGAGGAUCCGACCAGCAAGAGGGUCCUGGGCCAGAAGAUCCAGUCAUGGGAGUCGGAGAAAGGCCUGGCCUUCCUGCACAAUGUCAAAAUGACCAAUGGGGAACUGGUGGUCCCUCAAGCUGGCCUCUACUACAUCUACUCCCAGACCUACUUCCGGCACACCCUGCCCCUGGGGGAGGGUGAGGAAGAGUACACAGAUGGGGCAGAGGAUAUUGAGGGGAGUGCCGUGAGGGGCAAGCAGAUGCUGCAGUACAUCUACAAGAAGGUGGGCUCCUACCCCAUCCCCAUCUUGCUGAUGAAGAACGCCAGGACCACCUGCUGGUCGCGGAGCGCCGAGUACGGCCUGUACUCCAUCUACCAGGCCGGGGUCUUCCAGCUGACCGCCGGUGACAGGGUGUUUGUGUCAGUCAGCAACGCCACCACAGUGGACAUGGAUGAGAAGUCCAGCUUCUUUGGUGCCUUCUUGGUAAGCCAGUGAGCUGGUCACUGCAGCCAAGGUAGUGGUGCAUCUAGACAAGCCAUGCAGCUUGUCCUCAUUCUGCUUUCUUCCUAGAACUUUGGCACACCUUAGUCUAAGGGGAUUAUAGCAGACUGGCACAAGGAUGAGAGCAUGGGGAGUACACUGCCCCCCCCCCCCCCCCCCUCCCACAAAGUCACUUUGUUCUGUCAGCCAAUGAGGUUUAUUUUUUAUUACUUGCCUCAUAGUAGAAGUGAGGGGAGGGGCAUGUUAGAACCCCAUAUGAUGGAAUGUAUCUGAUUGGCCAUGGAAGGACUCUGUCCGAGGCAGUGAUAUAUUUUGGGAGGUGGUGGGAAAGAGGCAGUUCUGUUGACUCCCAACAGGAAGAUGGAUGUGAAAAUGCAGAGCAUGGACUGGUUGGAGUUCACCAGCUCUUCUGCUGUUGGGAGUGACAUAAAUAUGUGGAAGUAAUCUUGUUCUGUCUCUUCCAAGUAAAACAUUUGGUGUCUUUUUCAGUAAUUGUACAAAUGGCUUUUCAGGAACAGACAAUGAUCCCUUUUGGCUUAUUCAAUGAGCUAUCCUGUCAAAAAAUAUUUUAGUUCCAUAUAUAUAUUUCUUUUUGGCUGAGCUCAUUUUACCAUGUUGAAGUAGCAUUUUAAUUAUUGAUUUGAUAUGUUGAUUAACAGUAAUGUCUUAUGUUCAGAACAAGAUAAAACCUAAACUAGUUGUGUAUUUUUAAUAUCUUCAGUAUUCUUCCCAUUCAUAAACAAUCCCAGUUGUAAAAAUGUCUUGUAGACACCAACCUCAUGGCAUUGUGAUGGAAGCACUUGGCACUCUGCACAGGAGGUGACUCAGAAAAGGAAUGUAACAGGAACUUCCAGUGCUCAGCAUUGUGGUGGACCAAAAGACUUGUUUGGAACACCUGCUUGUGGUGUUGCAGUGGUAGACCCAAGCCUAAACAUAUUUAUUUGUAAAUACAUCACAGACUGUGAAAUGUGUUUGACUGUGAGAUUUGUUCAAUAUAUUUUCUUAUGUAAUUGUGCUUUUUUGAACAUUCUGGCUCAUCUCCAUCACAACACCACCCUAUUCCUGGACUCCAGUGAAUGUCCAGCUCCAAAUGGAUGAAAUGUAAAAUGUCAGCAAGAAAAGAUGCACAGGACAGUGGCGUUUUCUCCUCAAAGAAAUAAUGAAAAAUAAGCAGAACCAGAGAGAUGACGUAAGAACAAGGGGUGUUUAAUAAUUUGUGAGUUUUGCCGAGUUUUGUUUUCCAGCUGUUAUUCUAAAGGUUUCAAAAUAAUGCUCCAGUUUUUAAUCAUGUCUUUCAUGUAAAUGUUUCAGAAGGGAUAUUCACUUUGAAAAGUAAACAGUGUGCAGUCUAUAUACUACCAACUCCAGGUCUCCAAGUCACACAGUGUAAUGUACUAUUUCAGAUCAUGUGAGUGAGUGAGUGUGUGUGUGUGUGUGUGUGUGUAAGGGGGGGGGGGGGGGGUAUGGUAGUGUGCAAAUGUGAGAGGCCACCCAUUUGUUUAUUCGGUCUCCAGUCAAAUCAGCCAUUCAGUUAAAUUUUUUAGUGUCAGACAAUAAUGCAGGAAAAGCCUUCACCACUACAUAUAAUUUGAGAUAUAUCAGGCUUUGUCUACUCUUUCUUUUGUGCACCCUACUACCACUUUGUCUUCCAUCCGUCCAGUCAACAGACAAGUCACAGCUCUGUCUUCCCAACAAAAUUGUUACCAAAAGUGUCAAUUAUGUCAUUUUAGAACUCUUUGCCUUCAAAAGUGACUUGUAUUCAAACAACUAAACAAACACACCAUAACUGCCUUGUAAUAAAGGCAAAGGGUGGACACACUCAAUACUAAAAGAUUAGAUAUUGUAUAUAGUUAUGGAGAUUUUUGUGGAAUUCUGUGUUUAAAAUAUGCUGUAAUAUUGUCUGAUACUGCAAAAUAAAUAACUUGCACUCAAUGGCUGUUUUCACUGGAAAGUAAAUAAAAGAGGGUGUUCUCUGACUUUCUCACAGUACUAUAUAGUGUGUGUGUGUGUGUGUGUGUGUGUGUGCACAUGCCAAAAUAAAUAAAAGUGCAACUGCAGUACUAUUGUUGUAAUUCACAUGCAGCAGGGAUCAAAAAUGUUAUUUUCUGUGAAAAUAGAUUUGACAGGGUGGGGCUGAAUCCAACACCUCAUUUAAAUCUAUGUUGAAUCUAUCUUGAUGUUUAGUCUGCAUUACCUGCAUUUUGAACCUUAUUAACUUGAAUGUGUUCAAAUGAAUGUGUUGUAAGAAUGAUGGUAUUCAGCAUUAUCAUAUAUAAUUACAAGUAAUUAAUUAUGAGUUACUGGUUUAGUUUAAUGUGUAUUUCUAUCCCAAGCACUUUUCAAGUGGUAUAUGAACUUGUUUGGAAUGGGUAGUGACUAAUUUUGAGUUUGACUGAGGCCAAUAGUUUUAACAGGAAGUGAGGAGAGGGGAAGUGAUCAUAACACCAAAAUUGAUUUUGUACCACAUUCUGACAAUCAUGAUAUUGCUGUUAUGCCAUGAUUUUAUUUUUAGGGACUACAUGCCAUGUAAUCUAUGUUGGUUUAAAAAUAGAAGUGCACUUGUAGGCUAUAUCACUAUGUCUUUGCUACAAUAUAUAAUUGGUCAUUUUUCACAAAUCAAAGGCACUUUAUAAUAACAAGCAUCGCUCCAAUCUUAAUUUUUCAAAUACAGUGACCUCCAAAAUGUUUUGGACAAAGAACUAUUUCUUUUUUGAUUUGGCCCUGUACUCCACAAUUUUAGAUUUGCAGUCAAACAAUACUUGUGGUUAAAUUCUCAGCUUUUAUUAAAUGUUUUUGGUUUCACUAUGUAGAAAUAUCAGCACUUUUAAUACAUGUUAAAUUGCUUCUUUAGUACAAGUAGAAAAGAGGUUUCAGUAUGUAGUCUUGAUUCUAGGCUUUUGAUUGCCUUUGGAGUCAUUGGUGUUUGUCAGCAUAAGGACCAGAGUUGUGCAAAAGAAAUUCAAGGAAUCCAUUAAGAAACUGAGAAAUAUGGGGGGGGGGGGGGACAGUCUGAGACAUAGGCCUUAGGCUUCCCAAAAUCAGCCGUUCGGAACUCCAUUAAGAAGAUAGAGAGCACUGGUGAGCUCGGUAAUCACAAAGGGCCUGGUAGGCUAAAGAAGAACUCUGCUGUUUAUGACUGAAUAAUUCUCACUGUAAUAAAGAAACACUCUUCAGGA